GAGUUGGCAAGGAAAUGACGGAGGUCGAAUCUUAAGCUGAACGAGCUGUGACGCAUCGCAGCAGAGCUAGAAGGAGCAUUGAUGCUGAGCGCCGGUGGCCGUCACAGUCCUGAUGGCCUGUCCUGAUACAACUGAGAGAGCAAACGCGCCUGCAGGUUUCUACAAACAUCAGUCGGAUCCGGCCAAGGUGGCCGAGGUGAAGGUAGUAUGUAUGUCAACACACCGGACGUCGAGGCUGUUGGGCAGGUGCUAAUCCAGUUGCCAUUCUUCUGAUCAUGUCAAUUAUUUUGUAGGCCCCGAGCCCCUGAUCCAUCCACGUUUGCCCGGAUUGACCGCAAGGGCAUUCCGAACCACGCUUUGACCGGCAGGGCAUCCGGAACUCGCACUGUUGCGGGAAGACUUUGCCCUCACUCUGACGUCCGGUAAACCAACACUGGCGGAUCGGGUUUGGCCGAAGGAGUUAGCCGAGCUCAAAGCGAUCGGCAGAUUACAAUAACAAUAGGAUGAGAACGUGCCCCACUCAGACACAAGAAGUGAUAGACGGAUCGUGUGAUCAAGGAGGUGCAGGGUAGGGGAGCUGCUGGAAAAUUCUCAUUCUGCGCUGCUAGCAGUCUCAGUCCGUGGUCCGAUGGAAUGUUAACACAUAAAGGGCUUCAGUGUUUUACAAUAUCUGGUACCCAGCAGCUAGCCACCUGGUCCUCUAGCUGGGAAAGUCCAGCUCCAAAUAUAGGCACGGCGAUGAUCAUUGUGUAUGGUGGGCUGAGCGGCUCGAGAUGAGAUCGAUAGAAGAGCUCGAGGAGGACUUUUCGAGACAGUUACUGUUCAGUUGCAGUUGCAGAUUUACAAGCAGUACUAACGCAGCAGUUUUUAGGAAAUUGCUGUGCUAGUACACGGUUCUCUCUCUCUCUCUCUCUCUCUCUCUCUCUCGUGGCGAACAGAACAGACUGGCAUGAUCAAGUCCGGCCUGGUUUCAAAUUGCUGGUCUGAAUGGUUGUCGACGACACAUCGCUCUCGGGAGCAAGCUUAAGCAAGAUGCAGUAUAGAUGUAGGGAAAUGUGUAGGGGAGGUUUUCGGUCGCGAAGAAAAUCAUCUUCCUCGUGCUAGAAGCGCCUUGCGGCCUUGGAGCUGAGCAGGAUCCUCCGAGGUGGCAAGAGACUGCCGAUUCUGGUAGAGAGCAGCGAGUAGAUAUGGAGCCGCCCAAGAGGACGAGAUUGAGCGACGGUAUUAACUUCGAAGCCUUGAGAAGCCUGGAUGCUCUUCCGGAGAAUAUCGAGAUGAAGAAGAUUCUGAGCUGCUUGUCAGAAUUAAGCUCGGCCAACGAGAAUAGUAUGAGAACAACUGAGCUCCUUCAGGUUUACCGUAGCUCUAACUUGGACGGAGACAGCAAAUGCUUCAGCCCAGAAGCGAUACAUGCAAUGGCAGAGCAUCAGGAGAAACUAAGGGGCCUCCUGGGUUUAGUUUCCAGUAAGCUGAAGCUCAUUCUCCCCUUUCAAAAUCAGUUUCUGGUUCUUACUUGACAAGUUGAACGUGGUGGGUUGGUCUGCAAUAGAUCCUGAGUCACACUGGUGGAAUGGGAAACUCCACCCAGCACAUGAACACCUUUUUCAUGUCCCCAAGCUCUCUGGUGGAACCUGCGCAUACGUGGAAUACUUCUGCAGAGGCUCUGGACGCUAUUUCUCCAGCAGUCAAUAUUACGCCGACCUUGAAAACGGUCAAAACUACUAAGAAGAAAAAUCGUCAGAGAGAACGGAAGAACAAGAAGCCUCAGACACCACUUCACGUGGUCAAUGCUGAAAAUGACGGCAAAGUUCCUGAAGACGGCUUCCUGUGGAGAAAAUAUGGUAGCAAAAACAUCAAGAUGGCUGCAUUCAAAAAGUCAUACUACAGGUGUAAUCACCCUUGCAGCCAUAGCACUGCAAAGAAAUGCACAGCCAAAAAGACCGUGCAGCAGAAGGACGACGAUCCACACCUUCUGCAAGUGGCAUACGAAGGGUCACAUUCGUGCAAGGCGGCGCUGGAAUUCCAGCGAGGGUCGUCCACUGAGGACCCAGACAAAGCCGAGAGUCUGAACCUGGACGACCAGAUGAGCUCGAGGGCCAACGCCAGACACAAUCCAGACCCGGCAUCUGAGUGGUCUCACAUUGUCAAUCCAGUGAGGACAUCGUCGGGCAGUUUCUCUGCUGUGAGCGAGGAUGGUAACGACCAAUCCGAAGAAGGAGAUGGCAACAACAGCUCGGUCAGCAGGAAGGAUGGAUUGGGGAAUGUGCACGCGUUGCCCGAGUUUGACAUUGAAUUGGACAUUGACCCAAUUCAGGAUUGGCCCGACUGCCCAGAUUUUAAAAUGUUUCAAGGGACGAGGAGCUAUGUGGAUCAAACUGACAUCAUUGAAGAUCACGCCAAAGUACUCUUGGAAAAUAUUAUGCGCCCUUGCUCGCCAGGAUUUCAGUUUGGAGCUAUCGAUACUCUCAAUGAUAUACAAAACUGGCAUGGGCAUUACCGAUGAAUCUUCAAAAACAUAUUUGAACAUUCUCUGUUCUGCACCUUUGAAUAUAAUAUUGUGUUCUUUAAAGACGGCAAGCCUACGAAUUGCAUGACUAAGCACCUAACCUCACAAAUAAGACUUCGCACAUCGUGGUUUUCAAUAAAAUCUUACGAAGCUCUGUAGCAGAGAUUUCGUCAUAAUGGUGACGCAGAGAGAUUUCGCCUCGCCCAAACGACUGUGCACGAGCGUGUGUACGAGCGUCAUUAGGUCACCCGGUUCUGACAGGCUAUGAAUCCUAGCCCUCCAUAGUCUUCGACCUCAAAACGUCGCUUUUGCUGAGUUGGCUCAGUUCUUGGUAUAAACCGGUCUCAUCCAAUCUCUUCUGCGAGUCCUCUUGUUCUACAGCACUCUGUCCCUGCUCCAUCUGGACUGUACUACCUGAAUCUAUCGAUCUUCCACUCAAGCCUUGAUCAUCUGUUGUGUCGAGACCGUUUUAUGCAUGGGGCUGGAUCACUUUCCGAUGCAAGACUCACUCAUUCUCCCACACGAAGCUCGAAAUUGCAUGUAGCAAUUUCGAACUUCUUAUGUCUUCAACCAAAGCCGGCGCCUUCUGAAGACACUAGAAGUUCGAUUGGUGCCGAUCCUCUGAUGGGAUGAAAAGCCCGUAUUAACAACUUUGAUGAGGAUGUCGCGCACUGAAACAAUGGGCCACGCAUUUCCAGGGGCGCAAAUAUCUG